AUGGCAUCAACCAUGAAGGCGAUUCAAAUUUCAACCACUGGGGGCACCGAAGUUUUAAAAUGUGAAACUAUUCCGCGUCCUAACAUUACAGGGUCGGAUGACGUAUUAAUAAAGAAUCAUUUUAUCGGUGUCAAUUUCAUCGAUAUCUAUCAUAGAACGGGUUUAUAUCCACUCCCACUUCCAGCAAUAAUUGGACGUGAAGGCGCGGGGAUUGUUGAAUCGGUCGGCGACAAUGUAAAAGACUUCGUCCCCGGUGACCGCGUUAUUUAUUUGGCAAGCAGUUAUGCGGAGUAUGUAAAUGCGCCUGCGAAAUACGUCGCCAAAAUACCAGAAGGUGUCGAUUCGAAAGUGGCUGCUGCUUCUCUUAUUCAAGGUUUGACCUCACAUCUUUUAGUUUCUCACGCCUAUCCUGUCAAAAAAGACGAUUGGGUCCUUAUCCAUGCUGCCGCCGGUGGUGUUGGUCUUCUUCUUACUCAACUUGUGAAGAGUAUUGGCGCCCAUGCGAUCGGUACUGUUUCUACUCCUGAAAAAGCUGAAUUGGCGAAAUCAGCGGGCGCGGAACACGUAAUUAACUACACCUCCCAGGACGUCGUCGAAGAAGUCCUGCGAAUUACUAACAAUGAAGGUGUUCAUGUGGUUUAUGAUGGGGUUGGAAAGAGUACUUUCGAAGCCUCUCUCUCGAGUGUGCGCCAGCUUGGCUCAUUUAUUUCAUACGGGAAUGCUAGCGGAAAAGUUCCACCAUUCGAUAUCACCCGGCUUGCAACGAAGAAUAUAAGAUUGAUGAGGACUUCCUUGUUUGGCUAUUUGGUUACCGGGGAGGAUUUCCAAAAAUAUACGAGUGAAUUGUUUGAUCUACUUCUUGGGGGCAAGUUGGACAUAAAAAUCUGGAAAACAUACAAAUUGAGUGAGGCAAGACAAGCCCAUGAAGAUUUGGAGGGAAGAAAAACUUUCGGGAAGUUGCUUAUGACACCUUAA